CACCUCCUCCUCUGGGCUUCAGUGUGAGCUCUCGGCCCACCCUGCUCUGUGAACAUGUUGGUGCUUCUUUUCUUCAUCAUUGCCUUCCACAUCACCUCUUCAGCUCUGCUGUUCAUUGCCACCAUCGACAAUACCUGGUGGGUAGGAGAGGACUUUUUUGCAGAUGUCUGGAGGGUGUGCGUCAACACCACGAACUGUACAGAAAUCAAUGAGAACUUCGAGGAUUACUCCAUAAUGCAGGCCGUGCAGGCCUCCAUGAUCCUGUCCACCAUCCUCUGCUGCAUCGCCUUCGUCAUCUUCCUGCUGCAGCUCUUCCGCCUCAAGCAGGGGGAGAGGUUCAUCCUGACCGCCACCAUCCAGCUCAUGUCGUGUCUGUGCGUCAUGAUUGGUGCUGCGAUUUACACCGACCGCCGAGAGGACUUUCACAGGACAAACCUUGUCUACUUGCAGACAUCAGAAGGCAGAUACGGCUACUCGUUCAUCCUGGCCUGGGUGGCCUUCGCCUUCACCUUGGUCAGCAGCCUCAUGUACACCGUCCUGCGGAAGCGCAAAUAGAGCCACGGAGCUGGGUCCCGGCUCUGCAGAAUCCACACCAGAUAACCAUUUUGUAUAUAACCUUUUUUUUUUUUUGUGUGGUUUUUCUAGCAAACAUAUUGUUUCCUUUAGAAGCCAAAAAGGGAUGGGGGACGGGAGUGGAGAGAGAGGAGUUCUUGUGUUUUUGAGAUCAGAGGAUAGGCUGGUAUUCAGAACUCCUGCCUACCCAAGAGUCUCAGCAGGACAAAGGCACAAUCCAGGGAGCACUGGGUGGGAUGUUUCUUAAACCUGGGGCUGGGGAGGGGUGUGGAGAGCAGGCUGGGUCUCUGGGAGGUGCUGCCUAUAAGGCUUGGCCUCGCCCCCCCACCCCCUCCUCAACUUCCCUUCCUGAAUCUGUCCCCAGGUGGAAGAGGUGGUGAGGAGGGACCCAGGUGAGGGCUUACAGUGUCCUCAGUGGCUGAGCCCAAGUUCACCUGAGAACCAGGUGUGGACAGCCCCCGAUGUCCUGUCUACAAGGAAACCAGAGCCCUUGUCCCCCUGCAGUGGGGUGGGGUUGCCACCCGGAAUUGCUGUCAGUGUCUCUGACUUGCCUUAGGGGCAGUGAUCUUCCGGUAGUCCUCAGAUGUAGGCAAAGCAUCUCUACAAGUGAUUCCAUGGACCCUAUUUUAACACGCAGACUCCAGGUGCACUCCCCCGACCCACAGCCUAGGUCUUCAGGGGACGGCCCUGGGAAUCUGCAUUUCUAACAAGCUCCUCGGAAGGUGCUGGGAUGCACUGGCUUGGACACUACAAGCCCCAAGCCAGGUGAGCAGGCUGCUAGCAGACUUGUGUGGAGAAGGCCCAUUCCAGCCAGACAAGGCUUCCGUAUCAGCACUCAGUUCUUGCUGACUCUUCCACAGCUGUUUACAUCCGGGCCACCUGCGCUGCGCUCCCAGGCAUGUGUCCCAGAGGCCCCACACCUUCCCGGGCCUCUUUCUUCUCUUCCGGCCCUGUGCCCUAGAGCUGGCUGCCUCUGCUAACUCCCAUCCCUGCAGCCCCAGAGAACCAUCCACCGUUCUCUCACUUGCUCGUUUAUU